CCUCGCUCUCUGAUUGGUCGCUGCCGCUGUCAGUAAAGCCCCGCCUACAGACAGAGGACAGUGAAAGAUGGCGUCACUGAGGAGCCUACUGAGCUCGGGGAAGAAUGUCGUUUCAGUGGUUUUGCGGAGGGAGUUUCACAGGACGCGACCGGCGGCGGUGCAGGUAACAGUCAGAGAUGCUCUUAACCAGGCCAUGGAUGAAGAGCUGGAGAGAGAUGAACGGGUGUUCCUGCUCGGAGAGGAAGUCGCACAGUACGAUGGCGCUUAUAAGAUUAGCAGAGGCCUUUGGAAAAAGUAUGGAGACAAACGCAUCAUUGACACACCCAUUACAGAGAUGGGCUUUGCUGGUAUUGCUGUUGGUGCAGCUAUGGCUGGUUUGAGGCCCAUCUGUGAGUUCAUGACCUUCAACUUCUCUAUGCAAGCCAUCGAUCAGGUCAUCAACUCAGCUGCAAAGACCUACUACAUGUCUGCUGGCUUUCAGUCCGUUCCCAUUGUGUUCCGCGGGCCUAACGGUGCCUCGGCUGGCGUAGCAGCUCAGCAUUCCCAGUGCUUUGCCGCCUGGUAUGGACACUGUCCCGGACUGAAGGUGGUCAGUCCCUGGAGCGCUGAGGACGCUAAAGGUCUUCUGAAAUCAGCCAUCCGCGAUGACAACCCUGUGGUGUUUUUGGAGAACGAGUUGAUGUAUGGUGUCCCAUUCGAGAUGUCAGAAGAGGCUCAAUCAAAAGAUUUUCUCAUACCCAUCGGAAAGGCAAAGAUUGAAAGACAGGGAAAUCACAUCACACUGGUGUCUCAUUCCCGAAUGGUCACUCUGUGUCUCGAUGCUGCUGCUGUUUUGGCCAAGGAGGGUAUUGAAUGCGAGGUCAUCAAUAUGCGCACAAUCCGGCCGCUCGACACAGAAACCAUUGAAACGAGCAUUAUGAAAACAAACCAUCUCGUCACUGUAGAGGGCGGCUGGCCUCAGUUUGGCGUGGGAGCGGAGAUUCUUGCCAAAAUUAUGGAGGGUCCAGCGUUCAAUUACCUCGACGCCCCUGCAGUCCGAGUCACUGGUGUGGAUAUUCCAAUGCCGUACGCCAAGAUUUUGGAGGACAACAGCAUACCGCAAAUCAAGGACAUCAUCUUCUCUGUCAAAAAGACAUUGAACGUGUAACAUAUUCUCUCCCAAAAGAUGGUCCAUUUCAGCACCUCUAUUAGGACACAAUAUUUAACGUAUCUUCCUGACCAUUUCUGCGUCAAUAGUCAGAGAAUAACUAAAUUUCUUUCAUCACGUACGUCUUUCUGUUACAUGGGUCUUACAUCUUCCUUCAUUGGCGGUAUCACAGUAUAUUAAAGUUAUGUUCUCAUUUUGACUGGAAAAUGAGGGGUUUUCAUGACAACUACUUUCAUUGUGGCUAUAAACAACGAACCAUGUGUAUUAUUAUGAUGUGAAUUGUACUGUAAUCAGAAAAUAAACUUUUAUCACAACAGGU